ACGCGCGCUGUGGGCAGUCAGCUGUGGCGCCCAAAAGGUGAGCGCGCGCAAACGGCGCCCCAACGACCGGCCUGCCUAAGGCCUAAGCUAAGUGGAUCGGAGCAGCCAUGGAAGAAGCGGCGACGGACCGCGAGCAGGGCAAGGACGACGACGUCGACGCGGCGGCGGGCAGCCUGACCUACGAGAUCUUCUCCCUGCUGGAGUCCAAGUUCCUGUUCGGCUGCGACGCCGUCCGCCCGAGCGGCCGCCGCCUCCUCCCUCCCGCCACCGCCUCCGCCAGCACGGGCAAGGUGUGCGUGCUGUCCAUCGACGGCGGGGCGCGCGCGGCCGACGGGCUGCUGGCCGGCGCCGCGCUGGUGCGGCUGGAGGCCGCGCUGCGGCGGCGCUCCGGAAGCCCCGCCGCGCGGCUGGCCGACUUCUUCGACGUGGCGGCGGGGUCCGGCGCGGGAGGCGUGCUGGCGGCGCUGCUGUUCGCGCGCGGGCCGCCCAUGUUCAGCGCCGACGACGCGCUGGCGUUCCUCCUCCGCCGCGCGCGCCGCCAUCGUUUCGCGGGGGGGCUCGGGCUGCUGCGGCUGGCGCACCGCGGCCGCCCUUUCCCAUCCUCCUCCUCCUCCUCCGCCGCGGCGGCUGCCUUCGGCAGGGCGCUCGGCGACCUCACGCUCCGCGACACGGUGCGGCCCGUGCUGGUCCCGUGCUACGACCUGGCGACGCGGGCGCCGUUCCUCUUCUCGCGCGCCGACGCCGCGGAGCGCGCCGCGCACGACUUCCGGCUGCGGGACGUGUGCGCCGCCACGUGCGCGGCCGGGGCCGGGCGCGUGGUGGAGGUCGCGUCCGUGGACGGCGCCACGCGGGUCCGCGCCGUCGGCGGCGGCGGCGCGCUGGGCAACCCCACGGCCGCCGCCAUCACGCACGUGCUCAACAACCGGCGCGAGUUCCCCGGCGCGGCCAGCAUCGACGACCUCCUCGUCUUGUCCAUCGGCACGGGCGCCGGCGCCGGGGAGCCCGAGGCCGCCAGCAUCGCCGCCGAGGGCGUCUCCGACAUGGUGGAUCAAGCUGUCGCCAUGGCGUUCGGACGAAGCAGGACGACCAAUUACAUCCGCAUCCAGGGCACGGGUGGGCGGUGCGGCGGCGGGCGAGCGCCGAGGGCGUGCGGCGGCGAGGCGAAGCAGCAGGCGGUGUGGAAGGCGGAGGCGAUGCUGCUGCAGAGGGGCGUGGAGUCGGUGCUGUUCCAGGGCCGGAAGCUGUCCGGCGAGACCAACGCCGAGAAGGUGGAGCGGUUCGCGCGCGAGAUGGCCAAGGAGCACGCCCGGAGGAAGAAGAAGAAGCAGCAGCAGCAGCAGAUGGGCCCCUGCCUGCCCGUCGUCGCCGCCGCCACAUCGGGCGCGGCAGCACCACCGAACAAUGACAAGCAGCCGCCGCCGCCGCUGCCGACGACGACGACGGCGAAUGCGGCGAAGAAGAAGCACACCCCAGCGACGUCGCGGCUGGACGGCGGCGGCACGCGGUAGACAGAGUGUGACACGCACACACACGCACGCGGGACGCCCGAGGCACGGUCUCGUCGGUCGCGGUGUCCGUGCAGCUGUGCAAGCUGCCAACAGCAAGCUAUCGGACCGACGGAUCAUAUAUGUACUGUAAGGUUUACGUGUGCGAGCGAGUUUAAGAUCAUAUAUGCAGGCGUGCACGCACCACGCAGUGUGUGCGUGCAAGUGUGUUGUGUCAUUCAAGGUGAUGGAUGCAUCAUGCAUGCGUGAUGGAUAGAUGGACAUUUGGACAGACAGCAAACGCCUGAUGAGGUGGACGACCGGACAUGUGCACACACCGCAUGCACCAGUAGCCGGCUCCCUCUCGGAUCCGAUCGGCCUCGGAUUCUCCAAUUCCAUUCCAUGCAUGCAGGUCCAGGCGAGGUGGUAGUGAAUGUCUACAGCAACAGCAUCCAGAGCAUUUUGCACUGAUUAUAUUC